AAACAGCCCAAGAUGCUGCUAGAAGUAUAUGCAAACCUCCCCUUAGCCGUCCGACCUCUUGAAUACCCUGUUUUCUCCCCGUAAUUCUCUUCUUUUGUAAAAUCGGCAUAAAAGUCCCGUCUUUGUGUGCUUCAUCCCCUGUUUCUCCUUCCUUUCAGUACAAAAAAAGAAGAGUUGCAUAUGGCCCCGUGGGUCUCUCUGUUUUUCAUCUACCUUGCUCUGUUAUCAGGCCUCUGUUUCGCAGCUGACCCAUUUGUCUUCUAUGAUUUCAAAGUCUCUUACAUUACCGCCUCCCCGCUGGGUGUUCCUCAACAGGUUAUAGCAAUUAAUGGGAACUUUCCUGGUCCUCCUAUCAAUGCCACCACGAAUAACAAUGUAGUUGUUAAUGUAAAGAAUGAAUUAGAUGAAAAUCUUCUGCUGACUUGGCCUGGAAUCCAAAUGAGGCGAGAUUCAUGGGAGGAUGGUGUUCUUGGUACAAAUUGUCCAAUUCCUCCAAAAUGGAAUUAUACUUACCAGUUUCAAGUUAAGGAUCAAAUUGGAAGCUUUUUCUACUUCCCAUCUCUCAAUUUUCAAAGAGCAUCCGGUGGCUUUGGUCCGUUUAUAUUAAACAACCGCGACAUUAUCGCCAUUCCUUUUCCAAAGCCCGAUGGUGAUAUUGUAAUCUUGAUUGGCGACUGGUAUACCCGAAACCAUACGGCAUUGAGAGCAGACCUUGACUCUGGAAAAGACCUUGGGAUGCCAGAUGGCGUUCUUAUCAAUGGGAAGGGGCCUUACAGAUACAACACCACUUUAGUUCCUGAUGGCAUUAAAUAUGAAAGUAUUCAAGUGGAUCCAGGUAAAACUUACAGAGUUCGUGUGCACAAUGUUGGAAUAUCUACUAGUUUAAACUUCAGAAUUCAGAACCAUACCAUGCUCUUGGUUGAAACUGAGGGAUAUUAUACCAUACAGCAAAAUUUUAGCACUUUUGAUAUUCAUGUUGGGCAGUCUUAUUCCUUUUUAGUUACAAUGAAUCAGAAUAUAAGUUCUGAUUUCUACAUUGUGGCAAGUGCAAGGUUUGUGAAUGAAUCAGUUUGGCAAAGAGUUACAGGUGUUGCUAUCUUGCAUUAUUCCGAUUCUACAAGGCCGGCAAGCGGACCUCUGCCUGAUGUGUCUGCUGACAUUUACAAUUCCUGGUCAGCAAUGACCCAGCCGAGGUCUAUCAAGGUAAACACAACUGCAAGUGGAGCACGGCCUAAUCCACAGGGUUCUUAUCAUUAUGGUCAAAUUAAUGUGACGGACACAUAUAUCUUACAGAGCUUGCCUCCAGUCAGCAUAGAUGGGAAAUUUCGCACUACUUUUAAUGGCAUCUCAUUUGUCAAUCCUGACACACCAAUUAGGCUUGCUGACCAGCAUAAUGUAAAGGGAGCAUAUAAGCUGGAUUUCCCCACAAAGCCACUUAAUAGAACUCCUCGGGUAGAUACAUCUGUGAUUAAUGCUACAUACAAGGGAUUCAUAGAAGUGAUAUUGCAGAACAAUGACACCAAAUUGCAGAGCUUUCACAUGGAUGGUUAUUCAUUUUGGGUUGUUGGGAUGGACUUUGGUAACUGGACAGAAAGUGACAGGAGUAGUUAUAAUAAGUGGGACGCAAUAUCUCGCUCCACGGUAGAGGUUUACCCUGGAGGAUGGACUGCAAUCCUUGCCUCUCUAGAUAAUGUUGGGGUUUGGAAUCUAAGAGCAGAAAACCUGGACAGAUGGUACCUAGGCCAAGAAACAUACAUGAGAAUAAUCAAUCCUGAGGAGAAUGGUGACACAGAAUUUGCUGCCCCCAAUAAUGUUCUUUUUUGUGGUGCCCUUAAGAGUCUGCAGAAGUAAGUCAUAGCCUCAUUGUAAAAAUUCACUUUUCCCCUACCAGUGUGUUACUCACAGAUAUAUUUUUUCAUCUUAGGGAUCAACCUUCUGCUGCAAUUUCAAAUCUUGGUGGAAGGUUCAAGGUUUUCUUCACUCUGAUUGUGGGACUUUUUGCUUCCAUUUUUACUUUAAGCUAAGUAUUUCUGCUGUUUAGUGGAAAUCUCAUAAUCUGAUGACAACUUCUCUGCCCAUUCUGUUGUAAUAGGACUUUGUUUUGUUUUGUUUUGUUUUUUGUUUUUUUCUUUUUUGGGUUAUUUACAGUAGAUAGAUAUGCAAAUUGAUUAUUCUUACGGUACAAAUUCUUUAGGUAUUAAAAAUCUUUAUUUCUUUUUAUUUUUGUGGGUGCUGUUGCCUAUCAUUUGGGGAGAAUUCGUUCUUUUUGUACUUUAAAAUACUUCAUACUGAUGAUGCUUAACCAAUUCUCAUGCCAUUGCUCUUCACCCUUGAAUUCUUGAUUCCUAAUCUGAUUUAUCCAUCAGUAGCAUUAGCAUUGAACAUAUCUUCUUUAAGUCCAUAUAUAGCAUCUAGUUCUCCAUACAUUUGCUGCCUCUUCUUCUACAAUCUCUGAGCUAGAGGGUGAACUAGAUUUGCAUCUAAGGUAGGUUCUGAUGCUUUAUUAGUUCUAUUAGUUCUCGGUUGAUGAGAUUUGCUGUUUGCGAUUCUUAUAUACAUAUGGAUGGACGCUUUAUCGUUCUUUGCAGGCCGAAAAUGUAAUAGCAUUCCAUCUUCUCACCCUUUCCUCUUCUUCUUUUGCAAUUCUUAUAUACAUAUGGUGGUUGCCUGCAGCUUGGUCUUUGAACUGUAUCAAUGUGCAUCUCAGCAUGUUGCUUCCC